UGACGGAUAUGUAAUGCCCGACAUUGAUCUACAUAAGCAGCAGAAUUUGGGCGGAGGCAAAACACAGCGCACUGGCUGCUAAACUACAGCAUAUACUAUUGGUAUGUAUCAGGCCAAUGUUUAAGGUAUCAUUGACAAAUUUGUCGAAAGUGACGCAUCUCGCAAUCACAUUCUCGACGAUCCUUGCGUUAUUAACGGCAGAGUGGGGGAAGACAAUCUAGAUGUUGCUUCUAUGGCUGACAGGAGCAAUUGCAAACGGACCUUCAUGGCAUGCUUGCACUGUCAGAAACGGAAGCAGCGGUGCAGUGGGGCAAUGCCUUCCUGCGACCUAUGCGCGAGACUAAACUUGACCUGUGUCUACACGGAGCGGAGACGUCGAGGACCAGGGAAGAAGAAGGAACACGUGCAGAUUCUCGAGGACCGGCUUAAGAGAAUCGAGGGUCGUUUACGUAAACAGCCUCCGCAGCUGCUUGUCUCCGAAGAUGAAGCGAAUGGACAUGAUGAGCCUCAUAGUGGCAGGAACUCUCUAGGGAGGUCGCAGGGUCACGACGCCAUCGCUUCCGUGACGAACAACCUUUCGGAUUCUAGGGGCCGGACUAGAAGUGACAAUACCCCUGUCCUGUCCGGAACCUUGAACUGCGCAAAUUUGGUUGUGCCGGUCCAACAAGUUCAAGCUGAUAUGGAUGGCAGUCAUGUCCACAGGAGAAUGAUGACGCCUCUUCCUGCCAAGCACCUUACAGCAGAACUGGUACAGCUAUUAGUGGAGCAAUCUCAGCUCCACAGGACACUUUUUACAGCAAAGUCGUUACUGAGCUUGCUCAAUCAGCAAUAUACAGCCGGCUCUGGCAACUGUGUAGACGACCCCUCUAGAUGGGCCGUUGUUAAUUCGUUCUUGGCCAGCGCCAUGCUGCAAAGCACGACCUGCAAUUCAUUCCAGGGUAUAUUUCCAACUGCCUGGACGUAUUUCAAGAAUUCGUUUGCUGUGCUUCCAGAGCUCGUAGUUCAGGCAGCCGAACUAUCGGCCUGUGAAGCGCUGCUGGCGAUGGCCAUGUUUAUGCUGGCUUCGGCCGAUGCCCGAACCACUUCGCAACUGAUAGCAGCCGCGGCUCGCCUAGCACAUGGACUUGGCAUGCAGCGGAGGGGCUACUAUCUUUCUACAGAUCCCGUCGAAUCGGCGCAGUAUCGACACAUCUUCUGGACAGUUUACAUCCUUGAUGUCGAGAUGAUGCACAAAUAUGGCUUGCCCUCGCUGUUACAAAAUGGCGAUGUACACGCAGAAUUGCGCAAAGGCGAGCAGAUCGACGGCUAUUGCGACCGUACAAGUCUUGACGGGCAAAGUUCAAACGGGAUUUCCCAACAGAGGGUGAGACUUGCUGUUAUCCAGUCGAAGAUACAUACGCUGUUGAUGUCGGACAAGUUUAUGCAAAAGAGGAGUAUCGAUCUCCUCGACGACGUUGCAGCGAUGCACCAAGAGCUCCAGACGUGGAAGAAUAGCCUCCCUGAACAGAUGCAGCCGGGAGGAGUAUCCUGUGAAAACCCACUUGACAUGCUCCUCGCCUUCUUGCAUUUCACGUACUACAGCUCCUUGGCCAGAGUCCACAUGGCUGUAGCCCGUAUCUUGGAACCUGAUUGUUCCGACUCGGCCAGAGACACCAAUCUAGAAGCCAACCAAAACUAUCUAAGUGGAAAACUUGCCAGGGCUAUGUGCGCGGCCACGGCUCGUGCAACUAUUGGCGUGCUGCGCCAAUUGCCACUUCAGCCGUUCUCGAAUCUCUGGGGUAUUCUGUGCUACCCUGUCUCGGCAGCCCUAAUAUUGUUGUCUACGAUCCUCGCAGAUCCUGCUGCACAUCUAGCGGAGUCAGAUGUGGGGACCAUAGGGGAAGUCAUACAGUUCUUGGAACGACUUCAAGGAGAUGGGAAUGAUGUUCAAAAGCUGCUAGACGGAUGCUUGAGGCUCCACCAGACCGCAGUAUGUGCUGUCGAUGCUCACAAGGCCAGCGAGCAGAAUUUGGUUCUAGGACAAGUAAUGCCCGAUGAUGCGACACGGGCACAGCUCGAGUCAGUACGUCUAAAGUUGCUACGAGUCAGCGACUUCUUGUAUCUUGCGCAGGGACUCUUGAGUAACAUCUCUAUAUUGCGUGUUGAAGCAUCAUUGGUACUUUGUGACAUAAUUGAGCCUGAUCUAACAGAUGGAGUCUACGGUGUAUUUGUACCUGAGUCUCUAAAGUCUUGUACAUUCAAUCUUCUCUCUACACUUUAGGUAACUUGUUGCUUCGUCGUAAGAAAGCUUGUUAUUAGUCCGGCGAAAUCAACGUG